UCGGCGCCCUUUCGAGUUAAUAAAAUCCAUACCAGUUUUUCUUAAUUACAACGAUAACUGUGCUUCCUGGCUCUGCUGCUGCCGUACCCACAAACUCCUGCCUCUACUGCGUACCCACAAACCCAAGAGAGGGACAGAGUAGUCGGCGAUUGAAAACCUCAAGUGGGUCUGCUAAUUCUGCGCCGCCGUGGUUAGGUAUCAUGGAGGUUGACGAGGAAAGCCCUACAUCACCUCCUCCUGCAGAGGCUUCUGAUUUGAUCCCUGAUAGUGAAAGUGUGCUUCCUGAUGUUAAUACUACUCCAGUACAGCCAAUCCAGCCAAUAGUUCCACCAGUGGCUGUGCCUCCUAUUGCUCCAAUUCCGACGAUUCCUCCUCUCCCUGUACUACGCCCAUUGGCACCUCUCCCCAUCCGCCCUCCUGUUUUGAGACCGCCCAUUACGCAAAAUGGUGAGGUGAGAGCAAGUGACUCAGAUUCAGACCAUGAUGACUCUGGCCCAACACGGACUACUUCAGGUCCAACUGGGGAAUAUGAGAUAUCAGAAGAGAGCAAACUGGUGAGAGAGCGGCAGGAAAAAGCAAUUCAGGAGCUUAUGAUGAAGCGGCGUGCUAAAGCUCUCGCGGUGCCUACUAAUGACAUGGCUGUCCGGACUCGUCUUCGCAAGCUUGGUGAACCUAUGACCCUUUUUGGAGAAAGAGAGAUGGAAAGACGUGAGAGGUUGCGGACAAUUAUGGCAAAACUGGAUGCUGAAGGGCAGUUGGAGAAGCUGAUGAAAGCUCAUGAAGAGGAAGAGGCUGCAGCUUCUGCUGCAAAAGCAGAUGCUGAGGAAGAAAUUGUUCAGUACCCAUUUUAUACAGAAGGCACGAAGGCUCUCUUGGAUGCUAGAGUUCAUAUUGCAAAAUACUCUCUUGUGAGGGCAGCUUUGCGUAUUCAACGCGCACAGAGGAAAAGGGAUGAUCCAGAUGAAGAUAUUGAUGCAGAGAUGGAUUGGGUGCUGAGGCAGGCAGAGAAUUUGACGCUUGAUUGCAGUGAGAUUGGAGAUGAUCGGCCACUUUCUGGUUGUUCAUUCUCAAAGGAUGGAAAACUGCUGGCUACCUGCUCUUUGAGUGGAGCUGCUAAGUUGUGGAGCAUGCCUCAAGUUACAAAGGUUUGUGCAUUAAAAGGACACACAGAGCGCGCUACUGAUGUUGCAUUUUCUCCUUUUAAACAUGACCAUCUUGCUACUGCCUCUGCUGACCGAACUGCAAAGUUGUGGAACACUGAAGGAUCUCUCUUAAGGACAUUUGAGGGCCAUCUGGAUCGUCUUGCGCGGAUUUCCUUCCAUCCAUCAGGGAAGUACCUGGGGACCACUAGCUUUGACAAGACAUGGAGAUUAUGGGAUGUAGAAACUGGUGAGGAGUUGCUUCUUCAAGAAGGUCACAGUAGGAGUGUCUAUGGGAUAGCCUUCCACCAUGAUGGAUCACUGGCAGCAUCUUGUGGACUGGAUGCACUUGCUCGUGUUUGGGACCUUCGAACUGGCAGAAGCAUUCUUGCAUUGGAAGGCCAUGUCAAGCCGGUUCUGGGAGUUAGCUUCUCUCCUAAUGGCUACCAUUUAGCCACGGGGGGUGAAGACAAUACUUGUCGUGUCUGGGAUCUUAGGAAGAAAAAAUCUUUGUAUACUAUACCGGCGCAUUCCAACCUUAUUUCAGAAGUAAAGUUUGAGGCUCAAGAAGGAUAUUUCUUGGUAACUGCCUCCUAUGAUAUGACAGCUAAGAUUUGGUCAGCCCGAGAUUUUAAGCCUGUGAAGACACUGGCUGGACAUGAAGCAAAAGUCACGUCUUUAGAUAUUGUUGGAGAUGGGCUUUACAUAGCAACCGUUUCACAUGAUCGGACAAUCAAGCUGUGGUCUAGCAGUAGCCAUGAGAAGGAACAGGCUAUGGAUGUGGACUGUUGCUAAAGAUGAUAAUUUUGUUUUCUUUACUCUCUCAAAUUCAAUCUGCUCUUCUUGAACCAAGAUCUGACGCAAGCUGUGUUAGCUGGAUAUUCCAACAAGUAUAAGAUGUAACAAGUAAGAAAUUUAAAAAGAUGAGUUCUAAGAAGCUGAGAAUGCUGCUAAGUUGUCGAGCAUGCCUCAAGUACAAAAAGUUUCUACCAAUGUUUCAUUUUCUUGUGCUUAGCCAUCUAGCAACUGCCUCAGCUGACUUGACUGCAAAGCUGUGGAAUGCUUUGAAGGGUCUGUCCUGAAGAAAAGAGGGCCAGCCUGACUGUGACGACUAUCAUCCAUCGGGGAAGACUUUGGGGUUGGGGUUUUCUGUACGAGUUUUUAUUUUUUAUGGUCAACAUGACGGACCAUUGGCAGCAUCCAUCUUGUGGUCUUGUUGAGGCAGUUAAGACACUUGGUUCUUUUUCUUUUGGUUUUCCUUCAAAUUAGUUUGAAGUAAAUUCCACCUAUCUAAUCUAUUAACAUGAUAUUUUGGAGUUUA